CAUAAACGAAGACUUUUUGCAACCCCUCGGCCCUCGUUCGCUUUCUCUCUCUGGAUUUUCACUUUCUCUUCUAAGAUCUUUCUAUCACUUUUGUUCUUAGUUUUUGUCGAUAUUAUUAAUUUCGGCUUUGAAUUCGGAUUCUAGUGAUCUGUUUGUAUCUAUCUCUGUGGUUCGAUCAAUAGUGCUAAAAUUUAGGGAAAAUGUCUGAAACCCUUGUUUUAUACUGUUUGAGACUAAAUUCAACUUGAGCUGAGCUGAUUUUGUGCUAUGGCUUUUGUUGCUUGAUUUGCGUUAUGGUUUGAAGUAGAAACGAUCGAUGUUAGAUUGAUCCAUAGAUAGUAAUACUAAGUUUGAUAUCUAACCCUAGAAAAGUAAAAGUGCUUCCGAUACUUGAUUUGGUUGGAUAACAGAUAUCUCCUUUUUCUAAACGGAAGUAGAAGCAAACCCUAGAAUAACUAAGUCACCAUGACCACCGACUUGGACAACUCGUCGGCGGUGAACGAAUCCACGGUAUCCGGCGAAGCUAGUAUUUCCUCUCCGGGUAAUCAGACGGCGGCGCCUCCGGAAAAGCCAGUGAAAAGGAAGCGAAAUUUAGCCGGCAUGCCAGAUCCAGAUGCAGAGGUGAUUGCUCUAUCUCCCACAACAUUAAUGGCUACAAACCGAUUUGUAUGUGAGAUUUGCAACAAGGGGUUUCAAAGAGACCAGAAUUUGCAACUCCAUAGAAGAGGACACAAUUUGCCAUGGAAGCUUAAACAGAGGACAAGCAAAGAGAUUAGGAAAAGAGUCUAUGUAUGUCCUGAGCCCUCAUGUGUUCACCAUGAUCCUUCACGCGCUUUAGGAGAUCUCACAGGGAUCAAAAAACACUUCUGUAGGAAACAUGGUGAGAAGAAAUGGAAAUGCGAUCAAUGCUCAAAAAAAUACGCAGUUCAAUCCGAUUGGAAAGCUCAUCUCAAAAUAUGUGGAACCCGAGAAUACAAAUGUGAUUGUGGGACUCUGUUUUCAAGGAGAGAUAGCUUUAUCACCCACAGAGCAUUUUGUGAUGCAUUAGCAGUAGAGACUGCUAAAAGUCAACCUGAAGAUGAAGACCCAAAACCUCAAUCUGUAGAGUCAACACCACAGUCAACAUCCACAGCAUCACCACCCACACCACCACCACCUCCUCCACCCACCGCCACCCCAACACCGCCUGUAACAUCUUCAGUUUUGUGUAUUGCAAAGUCUCCAGAUUUGCCGGAAAUUUCCACCUCCAAUCAAGAUUCUAGACCCGUUUUGGACAAUUCACCACCAAUUGUGGUGGCGGCAGUGAGCGGAAGUUGUAGUGGUAGUUGCACAUCAACCAAUACAGGAAGCACAAACAGCAGUGUAUUUGCAAGCUUGUUUGCAUCAUCAACUGCAUCCAAAAUUUUACACCCGCAAACACAACCACAACCACAAACAAUUGGAUUCAAAGAUUUGAUUCGAUCCAUGAAUCAAUCAACAACACAAACACCCGAUCUAACCCUACCAUCUUCAUCUCAAGAACCCAUCUCCCUCUGCUUAUCCACCAAUCAAGGCUCUUCAAUUUUCAGAACAGCGGGCCCGGAGCUCCGCCAAUACGCCCCGCCACCUCAGCCCACCAUGUCAGCAACAGCAUUACUUCAAAAAGCUGCUCAGAUGGGUGCAUCCGCCUCAGGCGCGUCUUUACUUAGAGGAUACGGGCUUGAUGGUGGGCGGUUAGAUGACUCGGAUGUCGGUGGCGGCGGCGGCGGCGGUGGUGGUGGUGCGACAAUUGGGUUAGGGUUAGGGGUGGGGUAUGAUGGGCGGUCCGGUUUGGAAGAGCUCAUGAUGGGGACGCCAUCUGUAUACGGGCCUAAACAUGCGACUCUUGAUUUUCUUGGGUUGGGUAUGGCGGCUGGUGGUGGAACCACUAAUGGUUUAUCGGCUUUAAUGACAUCUAUUGGCGGGAGUCUUGAUGUUACAAGGGCGGUUUCGUCAUUUGGACGUGGCGGCGGUGGUGGUGGCGAGUUCACCGGAAAAGACAUGGGGAAGCAGUAGGCGAUUGGAAAUUUGGUUUAAUGGCCACGGUUUGUGAGUAGACCUACAUUUUCUCUGUGUCUGCAAUUGUAGUGUGGUAAGUGUUGAGUCUUGUUUGUAGUAAUUUAGUUUAAAUUAGUGAUAUGGAUUUUUACUAUUUUGAUGUACAUUAAUAUUUUCUUUUUAUUUGUAUAAUUAAAUCCAGAAAAGAAAGGAAAUUAUGGGAA